AUGUUCGCUCCACUCACAUUUGAAACUGACUGGCCUUCUGCACUCGAAAUGCCAUCACUAUAUAGUUUCGUGGAAUGGGCGGCUGACAGAGUCAUCUCCGCCUUCAGCACUACCAAACGCCCCUUGAGUCCUCCACCACCAUACACUGAUCAGUCACCAAAUGCUUACAAUCCAAACCAUCGCCCCUUCAGCAGCAAGGAUGAACCAUUCUCGUCACACGGGCGUCGAUCAAACCGAAAACCCAACUCUAUUGCCCUCGCCGCGGCCCACACCCGAGGUGACAAUGACAAAGACAAUAAAUCUGCCGACAGUGACAGGUUCGUCCGCAGCGCAUAUCGCGCAAGAGCCGUCCACUGGGGUAAUGCCAGCGAAAUUCCAAAGAGCCCAACCCAUCCCACUACGCCGGGUCUAAACGAAUAUCACGAGAGAAGAAGCAAGGCAAACAACAACGCUAUUCCCAAUCUCAAUCCUACGAGUCCUCGUAGCGGUAUCCCUGAUGACGGUGGUAGCUCUUACGAGGAAAACCGCUAUCCGGACUCUUGGUAUUCGCGUCCUUCAUCGCCGUCGUGCCAGACGCAGCCUGAUGUAGGCACAGAACACCAACACCGUGGCAACAGCAGUCCACAACCGAGACAUCGCACACACGUUCCGCGCAAAACCAUCCUGAAACAACCAACGCCAACUGACGAUGAGAUGCUCGUUCGAAACCUGUGGAAUUUAUCUGUGUCAGCUGACGAGCGGUUAGCCUAUAUGUAUGAGUUCCUAUCCCAGGUGUUGCUGGUUGGCGACGACAUUCUUGACUCGAUGCUGAGGGUGGGCGAACUGUCGAUGUUCGAGGAAGCCACGAGACAUGCGAAUAGGAUGGGAGAGAGGCAAAGGGAAAGAGGGUUCCGACCAGCGAAGGUACCAGUACCGCGUCAGCAGGCUGCUCGUGGGCGUCAACUUCCGGUGCAUGCGAAGAGUGAGGGCAGGAUAAGGAGGGGGCACCCUGGGCCGGUGUUUACGGCACCAAGGGAGAUGAAUAUUGCUGAGGAGGGGGAGGGAUAA